AUGUGUGUCUUUGCAGGUAUGAGCCCUGCCUCAGUCACACUGGCCAGUGUCCUACAGGUUUACAGGGCGACAGCUCUCUCUGAGGAAGAAAUCUUGCCCUGUCUCUAUAUCCCUGUCACUUCCUUGGUUUCAGAUUCCUUGGACUAUGUGGUCUGUCCCUGGUCAGUCCUGCUCUCUGCAGCUGGAAGUCUUUCUUUCCAAGAUCACAUUUGUCAUAUAGAGGCUGCUCCAUUCAAGGCUCCUGAACUGCUACAGGGACUGAGUGAGGGUGAGAAGCCUGAUAUGUCACAGCCCCUGCUGCUCAGCCAGCCAGUGCAUGCUCUCCUGCUGGCCAUGUGUGAAGACCAGCCUUGCAGGCGGCGGCCGCUGCAGUCAGUUCUGGAAGCCUGUCGGGUCCAUGAGGAAGAAAUGACUGUUUGCCCAGCCCCUGCCAGCCUCCACGUCAGACGGCUGGUGGGUUUGGUGCUGGGUACCAUCUCUGAGGUGGACCGGAAAGUUGUGGAAGAAAGUGCCUGUGAGCCACAGAGCAGAAGCUACCUGCUCAGGAAGAGGCUGCAUCAGGGGAGCAGCAAGAGUCCUGCCCAGACCCUGGACGGUCUGCAUCCUCUCGGAGUUUCAGAGAGAAGCACAGAGACCCAGCACUCCCUGGAGCCCCACCGGAGUGCCUCAACACACAGUUGCUGCAGUCGCUUUGUGACCAGUGGUCUUGCAGGUGCAAGUCCCCACGACUGUCAGGAGAGCCGGCGGCUCAGCUCUGGGUCUGUGCUCUUGGCAGAAGCAGAAAGCUCACAGUCAGCAACUCCUUCUCCAAGGGGUUUCCUGCAAAGAAAGGGAAAGUUCUCCAGGCCGGAGUUCGUCCUGCUGCCUGGAGAGGCCCCGGUGACCCUACAUCUGCCUGGAUCCAUUGUGGUAAUUAUGGGACCAAAAAAAGGGAAAUCAUAUUUGGCUCUAAGGGACCUCUGUGUGUUUCUGCUGAGUGGACAGUGUCUGGAGGUGAAAUGUGACAUUGAGUCCACAGCAGGAGCUGUCUUCAAUGCCGUCAUGUCUUUUGCUAACCUUGCGGAGACCACUUACUUUGGCUUGGCCUAUGUGAAAGGCAAAGAGUUCUUUUUCCUGGACAAUGAAACCAGAUUAUGCACAGGCCCUGUAGUUUGGAGGGAGCAGCCCAUGAAGACCUCUGCAGAGACCUUCAUACUCUUUCUGUGGAUAAAGUGCUUUGCCAGCCACUGUGGGAUGCUCCAGCACAGCCUGACAAGACAUCAGUUUUACCUGCAGCUUCGGAAAGAUAUCCUGGAAGAGAGGCUGCACUGCAACGAUGAGACACUGCUGCAGCUGGGGGCCCUUGCCUUGCAGGCAGAGUUUGGCAAUUACCCUAAGGAGGUGGACAGUAAGGCAUAUUUCCGAGUUGAAGAUUACGUCCCGGCAAGUCUGAUAGAGAGAAUGACAGCUCUUCAGGUCCAAGUUGAAGUCUCAGAGAUGCACCGGCUCAGUUCUGAGCUGUAAGCGGAUGCUGAGAUGGAGUUCUUGAGGGUCACUCAGCAGCUCCCGGACUAUGGAGUGUUGGUGCACCAGGUUUUCCCAGAGAAGAAGAGGCUGGAAGGGGAGAUGGCCUUGGGGGUCUGUGCCAAAGGUGUCAUAGUCUAUGAAGUGAAAAACAACAGCAGAAUUGCGACUGCAUGGUUUCUGUGGAGAGAAACUGGGAAGAUUUCAACUUGUUGAAGAAAGUUCACCAUCACCAGCAGCAUCACUGGGAAAAAGCACACGGUUGUCACUGAUUCAGCCAAGACCUGUAAAUAUUUACUGCGCCUCUGCUCUGCCCAGCAUGGGUUUAAUGCACAGAUGGGCUCUGGGCAGGCUUGCCACCUUUUAACUGACAGGGAGAAGUUUGUGCAAUUGGCAACUUUGAGUCCUGUACACCAGGCCCAGGUGAAGCCUGUCACUUGGAUUCAGAGGCUGUCGUGCUCAGAGAAUGCGUUGUUUGCAACCAGGUCGCAGGAGCCAGAGGGAGGCCUGCUGAGCCUGUCACUGCAGAACUUCAACAUGGAAGCCACCAAGGAGACCAGGACAGAGGAGAUCAGAGGCAGCAACUUCACUGGCCAGGAGCAGCAGCACAGCAUUUGAUUGAAUCAGAAGCCAACGGCUUGUGACCCUCUCACUGGUCCCCCUGCUCAGAGUGCGUGCACAGGGGUACAGAAUAACAGAGGAAAGAGCUUUACAGCAGGACCUGAUGGAGAAAUUGUGCAUGUGACUUUGAAACGUGAUCCACACUGUGGUUUUGGUUUUGUCAUUAAUGAGGGAGAAGAUGGAGGCCAAGGUAAUCCUGGCAUUUUUAUAUUGUCUCUUAUACCUGGAGGACCAGCAGAAAAAGCUAAAAAGAUCAAACCAGGAGGGCGAAUAUUAGCCUUGAAUCACAUCAGCCUAGAGGGCUUCACGUUCAACAUGGCUGUUAGAAUGAUUCAGAAUUCUCCCGACAACAUAGAAUUAAUCAUUUCUCAGUCCAAAGGAGUUUGUGGAAAUAUCCCCAGUGAAGAGAAGAAUAGCACAGACAAUUCUGGCAUUUUCUCUACAGACAUCCUGAACAACGGUCAGCAGGGAAGUUUGUCACCACACACACAAGACCAGGACAGAAACCCUGGAGGACUGGAAAUGGCUCGUGUGCCAAGUGUAAUCCCCAGGCAAGGGCCUGAGCUCUCCCCUCUGCCAUCAAAGAGUGCUCGUUCUCCUUGCCCUCCAUCACCUCCAGAAACCAAUGUAGGUGAUAUCUACUUCGUUGAGCUGGUUAAGGAAGAUGGGACCCUUGGAUUCAGCAUGACUGGUGGAAUUAACACCAGUGUGUUGUACGGAGGAAUCUAUGUGAAAUCCAUCAUUCCUGGAGGCCCAGCUGCUAAGGAAGGACAUACCCUACAAGGUGACAGGCUCCUGCAGGUAGAUGGAGUCAGCCUGUGUGGCCUUACCCACAAGCAGGCUGUGCAGUGCCUCCAGGGUCCUGGGCAGGUUGCAAGACUGAUCUUAGAGAGAAGAAGCCCCAGGACUGCACCACAGUGUUCUUCUGCUAAUGACAGGAUGGGUGAUAAGCAUGCAGCUGUUUCCCUGGUAACAGCCCUGCCUGGCAGGCCUAUGAGCUGUGUCUCUGUGACAGAUGGGCCUAAGUUUGAAGUCAAACUGAAAAAGAAUACCAAUGGCUUGGGAUUCAGUUUUGUGCACAUGUAGAGAGAGAGCUGCAGCCACCUCAAGAGUGACCUUGUGAGGAUUAAGAGGCUCUUUCCUGGGCAGCCAGCUGAGGAACAUGGGGCCAUCGCAGUUGGUGACAUUAUCUUGGCGGUGAAUGGAAGGCCCACAGAAGGCCUCCUCUUCCAGGAGGUGUUCCAUUUACUGCGAGGGGCCCCACAGGAAGUCACGCUCCUCCUUUGCCGGCCCCCUCCUGGUACACUACCUGAGAUGGAACAAGGAUGGCAGACCCCUGGACUCUCAGACCAAGGAUUCACCAGGGCAACGUGUACUGAUUCAGAGCAGAGCCCCAGCUUUGAUCAAGAGGAUAACUGGAGGGAGAGCACCUACCUAGACAUGGGGCAAGACCUGAGUCUCAGGCCUGACUCUUCCCACAAGGCUGUCAGAUUGAUGCAAGAAGACCAAAACAGAGACAGGCCUUGGACCAAGGCCUCAAUGCAUUCUCUGGAGUCCCAUCCUCACUUAUGUAAACUUCGCCAAGAAACAGAGACACCAACAUCGGCCACCUUUUUGGAAAAGGGUAUGAGGCAAAAUUGCUAUUCCAUGUGUGCUAUCAAGAGACUUGGGAGAUUUUCCUUCUCAUUCUCUCUAACCAGACUUGUCACAGGUAUUUUCUGA